AUGAACGACAAUUGUCAGGCAAAGCCACGAGACGUUGAGGGCCACGACCGCCUUUUCAAGGUGCGCCCACUUGUGAAACAGCUGAAGAAGAACAUGAAGGCAGUGGCCCCAGAAGAACGGCAGAGUGUGGACGAUCAAAUUAUUCCCUUCAAGGGGCGCUCACCGCUAAAGCAGUACAAGAAAUCGAAGCCCCACAAGUGGGGCUAUAAGGUGUUCACAAGGGCAGGUGUCUCCAGAAUUAUGCACGACUUCAUCAUCUGUGAAAGUAAAGGUACUGCUCAUGACAAUGGAUUCGGCAUCUCUGGUGAUAUAUUCAUUAAUCUGGUGAAAGAUCUACCGGAAAACACGAACCACAAGUUAUUUUUUGAUAACUGGUUCAGCAGUCGGCGCCUGGUAGACGAGUUGAAGCGCAAAGGAUUUCUGAGUGUUGGUACCGUUAGAGUCGACAGGACGGAGAAGUGUCCGCUGGCACCUGACGCAACUCUCAAGGCGCAAGGCAGAGGCUCGGUGGAUUUUCGCGUGGACGAGGACUCUAACACUGGAGUCAUCAAAUCGUUUGACAGCAACUCCGUACACCUCUUUUCAAGCUACGCUGGUGUCCAACCAACCGACCAUUGCAAGCGGUGGAACAGCAAAGAAAAGCGCAGCAUUGAUGUUCCUCGCCCUUUCGCCGUAAAGGAGUACAAUGCCUUCAUGGGAGGUGUUGAUCUCGCCGACAUGCUUAUUGAGCUGUACCACGCAAACCACAAAUCGAAAAGAUGCACCCUUUGA